ACACCUAUUAAAUUGGAGCACUGCAUCAUUUCACUUGUUUAUGCGUGUGUGUGUGCGUUCUUAGGUAUCCCAGAGAGAGCUGCUGUUCACAGUUCAGAGCGUCAGAGCGCGCUUGGGAGGAGGGGCUGUCCGUGACCCGAUUAGACGUAAAACAAGCGAGGCUCCUGUCUCCAUCGUUUCAGAUUGUGGGAAGCCACCGUCUCAAGUGGAAGCCACGAUGUCUGACUGCAGGAAGCAGUGGAAUCGGGAGGAUGAGCUACCGGUCUACCUGGCGGGACCGAUUACCACCGGGCCGAACCAGAGGAAAAGCUACGGGAUGUUCAGCUCCGUGGAGGGGGCGUUUGAUAGCAAGACCAUAGACUUCGAGAACUAUGCGGUGGGGAGGAAAGGGACCCGCACCCCGAGAAGCGGGAGUCGGGAGAGGCUCUUGGACACCGGUGACCCCAUCGGCAAGACGCCCAGCGAGGCCCGGGAGGGGUCACUGACCAACUCUCCCGGGGAGAGAGACGACGGGAGCCCCGAUGUGGAGGUCAGCUAUUCGUCUGGGAGGGAAAACCCAAAUGGGAAGAGUGAAAGGCUGUUGAUCAAAGGAGGGCGGGUGGUCAAUGAUGACCAGUCUCUCUAUGCAGAUGUCUACAUUGAGGAUGGGCUGAUCAAGCAGGUGGGGGAAAAUCUGGUUGUACCAGGGAACGUCAAGGUGAUCGAGGCUAAUGGCCGCAUGGUGAUACCAGGGGGGAUAGAUGUCAACACCUGUCUGAUGAAGCCUUACCUGGACACACAGCCUGUUGAUGAUUUCUUCCAGGGCACCAAGGCCGCACUUGCUGGGGGCACCACCAUGAUCAUUGACCAUGUGACGCCCCAGCCUGGGGACAGUCUGCUGGAGGCGUUUGAGUGCUGGCAGGAGGCUGCAGAUAAGAAGGCAUGUUGUGAUUACUCCCUGCAUGUAGACAUCCCCCAUUGGAAUGAGACUGUCAAAGAUGAGUUGGAGCUGCUGGUGCAUGAGAAAGGUAUCAACUCCUUCCAAGUGUACAUGGCUUAUAAGGAUGUGUACCAGAUGUCAGACUCUCAGCUAUAUGAGGCUUUCUCCUUCCUGAAGCAGCUGGGUGCUGUGGUGUUAGUUCAUGCUGAAAAUGGAGACCUGAUUGCUCAGGAACAGAGAAAAAUCCUCGUUAUGGGAAUCACUGGACCAGAAGGCCAUCCUCUGAGUCGUCCUGAGGAGCUGGAGGCCGAAGCGGUGUUCCGUGCCAUCACUCUUGGUAACCGUGUGAACUGUCCUGUCUACAUCACCAAGGUGAUGAGCAAGAGUGCAGCGGACACUAUCGCCCAGGCCCGGAGGAAAGGUUCUGUAGUUUUUGGGGAGCCAAUAACUGCUAGCCUGGCCACUGACGGCUCUCACUAUUGGAGCAAGAAUUGGGCCAAAGCGGCAGCUUAUGUGACCUCUCCGCCUUUGAGCCCUGACCCCACAACCCCAGACCACCUCCACACACUGCUGGCUUGUGGGGACCUCCAGGUGGUGGGCAGCGCUCACUGCACGUACAGCACUUCCCAGAAAGCAAUCGGUAAAGAUGACUUCACCCUGAUCCCAGAGGGAACCAAUGGAGUGGAGGAGAGAAUGGCUUUCAUCUGGGACAAGGCAGUGGCCAUAGGGAAGAUGGAUGAAAACCAGUUUGUGGCAGUCACAUCUACCAACGCUGCUAAAAUCUUCAACCUGUACCCACGCAAAGGCCGGAUAGCGGUGGGCUCUGAUGCUGAUGUUGUCAUCUGGGACCCUGACAGCGUCAAAACCAUCACUGCCAAACUCCAGCAGUCGGCUUCAGAAUACAACAUCUUUGAGGGUCUGGAGUGCCGUGGGGGUCCGGCCCUGGUGUUGAGUCAAGGUCAGGUGGUUUAUGAGGAAGGCAAGCUGCAGGUUCAGCAGGGUACCGGUCGAUUUAUUCCCCGCAAGCACUUCCCGGACUACGCUUACCAGCGUGUUAAGUUCAGGAACCAGGUGAAGGGUAAACAGGGCGUUACUCGUGGGAUGUACGAUGGCCCUGUGUAUGAUGUGGUCCCAACCCCCAAAUAUAUUACUCCUGCUCCGUCGGCCAAAACAUCACCCACCUCUCACCAACCACCACCAAUACGUAAUCUUCACCAGUCCAACUUCAGCCUAUCAGGGGCACAGAUUGAUGACAACAUCCCUCGUCGGUCAGGCCACCGUAUUGUAGCACCCCCCGGUGGACGCUCCAACAUCACCAGCCUUGGUUGAACACUUGACUGUGCACAAAGUGUGGUUGUCGUGGGGUUUCACCUCUUGAGUGUGCGUGUGAGUGUAUGUGUAUAACUGAGAGUGCGAGCACACUGGCAUGAAUGAAUACCUCUGUAUGUUUUUGUACAGUGGUGACACGCUCUUUUUAGACCAUUAUGAUUUUUUAUCAGUUUGCCUUGAGACCGUGGUCACAGAGAAGAAGCACAUUAAUACUUCCAUGAAAAGAAGAGUGUGAUGUACAAUCAACCAAGUCAUUCAAAGAUAUGAAAAACUCACAAUCGGAGCACUCACACACACACACACACACACACACACACACACACACAUUCUGUGUUGGACCCGCUCCAAGCACCCAAAUGUGAACAUAGUGUUUUGUCAUAAUGUUAUCUCCUUCCCCGUGUGCAUGACUUCCUCUUUAUUCUUCUUCACAUGCCACGUCUUACUGUGUGAGUCUGCUCAGACAUGGUGCUCCUUUCCACUUGUUUGGUGGACAGCUGAAGAAAUAGAAGAAAUAACAGGUUUGUCCCUCAUCUGUUUUUCAACAACUUGGCAAUAUUUGCUUCAAUGUGGCACAAGUGGAUCAGUUAUACAUAUUGCAUGGACAUGUCUUUAGAUGUUACAAUACUUGUGGUUUAUUGUUACAAUGGAGGGACACUUAAUUGUACUCAAGGCACAUUUGUAUCCACCAGUACAAGCAUACUCUUAUACUGGUAAAUGCACGAUUUGAACACAUAAUGGCAUUCACUGUGGAUAAAGCCAGCUGUUACUAGGUUCAGAAUACAUUCAUCCAUUACUGUGAACUUCAAUGAAAGCAAUGCAACUUCCUGUCCACCGUCAGAUACUAUAUGCAAAAGUGUCAAUACACUUCUAUAAAGUGUGAAAGUAGAUGAGCAGGUGAAACAAAUACAAAAACGGCUGUGGACUGCAAAAAUAAUUUCUAGAUUGUUGUAUCUACAUAAUAGAGCUCACAGAAAAGACGUUAUGAUGUGUGUUUUAGUUUUCUGCCAGUCACUCAUGCCAGAAACAGAUCAUUGUUGUAAUGACAUGCUUAGCUCACCGCUGUAAAAGGGCUUCAGCUCCCACCCCUGCUCUUUAAAACUUCACUGAGAAUAUUUUAAAGCUGUUUUUAUUUGAUUUGAUUGACUCUGGAUGUUUUCUUGGUACAUUUAGUAUUUCUAUGCCGCUCUGUUUUGUUGCUGUUGUCUGGUGUCUCCAAUGGAACCACUAAUGAUCAAUAAAGACUUGACUGUUGAUGAUGAUGGUGAAACAAA